AUGUCGAGGCGCAAGCAGGCGAAGCCCCAGCACAUCAACUCGGAGGAGGGCCAGGGCGAGCAGCCGCUGCAGCAGCCGAGCCCCGACCUCGCAGAGGCGCCGGCGGCGGAGGAACCGGGACCUCGGCGCGGCCGUGAGCUGCGGGCGAGCGCCUUCCCAGCCGGUCUCCACCAGCCCCUCGCCCCAGCCCGCCGGACUGUCGCCGGAGAAAUUGGGAACGUGGGGGAGGGGGCCCCCCUGGGCCUCCCGCCCGAUUCCAGCUCUCCGCGCUUGGUGGGCGGUGCGCGGCAGCGGCGGACUCGGCGCGCUCAACUGGGACGCUCCCGCUUUCCCGGCAGUGCUCCAGUGAACUCCCUAGGGAAUGGCGACAGACUGACAGAGGACGCGGCCCCGGUGAAGCGCUUCCGGCGGGAGGAGACUCACAUCUGUGAGAAGUGCUGCGCUGAGUUCUUCAGUCUCUCUGAGUUCAUGGAACACAAAAAAAGUUGCCCUAAAAAUCCUCCUGUCCUCAUUAUGAAUGACAGUGAGGGGCCAGUGCCUUCAGAGGACUUCCCCAGAGCUGUCCUCGGCCACCAUCCGGACAGCCCAAGCAAUAAGGACAGUCCCCAGGGCAGCAGCAGCAGCUCAGGGGACUCGAAGGAAAAGCUGGGCACAGACUCCAUCCUGUACUUAAAGACAGAGCCCGCUCUGCCCACCGCACCCCAGGACAUAAGCUAUUUACCCAAAGGCAAGGUGGCCAACACCAAUGUGACUCUGCAGGCCCUCCGUGGCACCAAGGUGGCGGUGAACCAGCGGAGUGCGGAUGCCCCUGCAGCGCCCGUGCCGGUUGCCCACAGCAUCCCGUGGGUCCUGGAGCAGAUCCUGUGUCUGCAGCAGCAGCAGCUCCAACAGAUCCAGCUCACAGAACAAAUCCGCAUCCAGGUGAACAUGUGGGCUGCGCAUGCCCUCCACUCUGGAGUGGCCGGUGCCGACACCCUGAAGGCCUUGAGCAACCACGUGUCUCAGCAGGUGUCCGUAUCCCAGCAGGUGUCCGCAGCUGUGGCCCUGCUCAGCCAGAAAUCCUCAAACCCGGCUCUGUCUCUCGAUGCCUUGAAACCAGCCAAACUACCUCAUGCCAGUGUCCCCUCGACAGCAAACUCGCUGUCUCCUGGGUUUACCCCCUUCACCUUGAAGCCUGAUGGGACUCGGGUUCUCCCCAACUUCAUGUCUCGUCUCCCAAGUGCCCUGCUACCUCAAACCCCGGGCUCUGUGCUUCUUCAGAGUCCCUUCUCCACUGUGGCACUCGAUCCAUCCAAGAAAGGGAAGGGGAAGCCCCCAAACAUCUCCGCGGCCACGUUGGAUGUCAAGGCCAAGGACGAGGCCAUCCUCGGCAAACACAAGUGUAAGUACUGUAGCAAGGUUUUCGGGACCGAUAGCUCCCUGCAGAUUCACCUCCGCUCCCACACUGGAGAGAGACCUUACGUGUGCUCUGUCUGUGGUCACCGAUUCACCACCAAGGGCAACCUCAAGGUACAUUUCCACCGACACCCUCAGGUGAAGGCAAACCCCCAGCUGUUUGCCGAAUUCCAGGACAAAGUGGCGGGAGGCACCGGCCCCCCCUAUUCACUCUCUGUCCCCAUCUCUGUAGAUGAAUCAAGUCUGUCUGUAGACACCGAGCCUGUCCAUGUCACAGGAACCCCUUCCAUAGGGCUACCUCAAAAGCUGACUUCAGGGCCUAACCCCAAGGACCUCAUGGGUGGCUCCCUGCCCAACGACAUGCAGCCAGGGCCUUCUCCAGAAAAUGAGGUGGGACUUCCACUCCUUGGGGUGGGGCUAGUGCAUAAUCCUCCAAGGGUUGGGGUCUUCCAGGGGAGUGGGACCCCGGAGUCAGGAUCGGAGACUCUGAAAUUGCAGCAGCUUGUGGAGAACAUUGACAAAGCCACUACUGACCCCAACGAGUGUCUCAUUUGCCACCGAGUGCUCAGCUGUCAGAGCUCCCUCAAGAUGCAUUACCGCACCCACACAGGGGAGAGGCCGUUCCAAUGCAAGAUCUGUGGCCGGGCCUUCUCCACCAAAGGCAAUCUGAAGACGCACCUGGGGGUGCACCGGACCAACACCGCCAUAAAAACGCAACACUCGUGUCCCAUCUGCCAGAAGAAGUUCACCAAUGCCGUCAUGUUACAGCAACAUAUCCGGAUGCACAUGGGUGGCCAGAUCCCUAACACACCCCUGCCGGAGAGUCCCUGUGACUUUACAGGUCCUGAGCCCAUGGCCAUCAGCGAGAACGGCAAUGCCAAUGCCCUCUGCCAGGAAGACGUGGUGGAAAGGGUUGAAGCAGAUGGCAUCUGUCCCCAGGACGGACCCAGUGUCUCUUCAAAGGUCUCCACAUCCGUUCCCAGUACCCACCUGGUGUCACCCAUUCUGGGCUUUUCUGUGAUGGCUUCCCUGGAGGCCCAGGGAAAGGGGGCUCCUCACCCUUUGGGCCUGCAGCGGCAGAGCAGCCGAGAAAACGGCUCGGUGGAGAGUGACAACUGCCUGACCAAUGACUCGUCCUCCCUCCUGGGUGACCAGGAGUGCCAGAGCCGAAGCCCAGACACCACGGAGACCAUGUGCUUCCAGGCCGUGUCCCCUGCCAAUAGCCAAGCCGAGAGUGUCAAGUCCCGGUCUCCCGAGGUGAACAAGGCUGAGGGUGUCGAGAGCUGCCGCAUUGACAUGGAAGGUCGUACCAGCAUCCCGUCAACAUUUAUCCGAGCACAGCCCACCUAUGUCAAAGUUGAAGUUCCUGGCACCUUUGUGGGACCCUCUAGCUUGUCCUCAGGCAUGACGCCUUUGCUAGCAGCCCAGCCUCGCCGACAGGCCAAACAACACUGCUGUACCCGGUGUGGAAAGAACUUCUCAUCUGCCAGUGCUCUCCAGAUCCAUGAGCGCACGCACACAGGAGAAAAGCCUUUUGUCUGCAACAUAUGUGGGCGAGCCUUCACCACUAAAGGCAACCUGAAGGUACACUACAUGACACAUGGGGCUAACAAUAACUCCGCCCGGCGUGGCAGGAAGCUGGCCAUAGAGAACACCGUGGCUGUGCUAGGUGCAGAGGGCAAGAGAGUGUCUGAGAUGUUUCCCAAGGAACUCCUGUCCCCCACGGUGAGUGUAGACCCUGCCACGUGGAACCAGUAUACCAGCGUCCUCAAUGGGGGUCUGGCCAUGAAGACCAAUGAGAUCUCUGUGAUCCAGAGCGGAGGCAUCCCCACCCUGCCAGUGUCCCUGGGGGCCAGCUCCGUGGUGAGCAGCGCCACACUUUCCAAGCUUGAUGGCUCUCAGUCUGCCGUGAGUGGGAGUGUGGAGAAGCCUGCUGCUGUUCCCGAUGGUGUGGCCAAGCACCAGUUCCCCCACUUUCUGGAAGAAAACAAGAUCGCAGUCAGCUAAGGCGAAAGAGGGGAGUAGCUGGAGUGAGAUCUGCUUCAUUGUUUAGUUUUCUUACCCAUCUCCUGCUUUUUCUCUUCCUGAUAUGCAAGUGAUGUUUACACUUGUGACCACAGCCUUGGGCA